AUGUCUGCCAACGUUACUUCUACCAUGCCCAAGCCUGCCAACGCCUACGGCAGUGAGUCUGACUCUGACGGCCAGGCCCGAGGCGGUCGCAAGGCCCAGUCUCAGCUGGCGCAGACACAGUUGACCAACGGCCUGCCGCAUCUGCCCACUUCAUCCGGUCUAUCGCAACCAGCCGGCCAACUCCUCAAGGGCGCCACCGAUGACAACGGCAACCAGAAGGCCGCCGCGCUGCUUGUGGGCAUCAAGCUCGAUCUCGAGGCCGAGGUGCACUUGACUGCGCGGGUGCGUGGUGACAUCUGCAUCGGACUGUACUAG